GUGACCUCCGUCUCCAUCAGCAGCGCUUUAAAUGCCCGUCAACUGAAAACUGAACUCCGCGGUCAGCAAACUUGUUAAAUCCAAACAUAAACAUUAGCAGGACAUUCAUCAUGGACAUGAAAGCGGCGUCCUCCCCGUUCUCCUCUUCUUCCAGUCAGUGCAGCUACAGUUAUGAAGAGUACAAGGAAACAGCUGACUGGUUGUUGGCACACACAGAUAAACGUCCAAAGGUGGCGAUUAUUUGUGGUUCAGGCUUGGGCGGCCUGGCCGACCUGCUGGAAGACAGAACUGCAUUCCCAUAUAAUGAGAUUCCACGUUUCCCCAUCAGCACUGUGGCGGGACAUUCAGGGCAGCUGGUGUUCGGCCGGCUGCAGGGCUGCGAAUGCGUCUGCAUGCAGGGGCGCUUCCACUUCUACGAGGGCUACAACAUAAACACGGUGACAUUCCCCGUGCGCGUCUUCUUCCUGCUGGGCGUGAAAACUCUGAUUGUUACGAAUGCAGCAGGGGGAUUAAAUGCUGCUUAUGAUGUGGGAGACAUCAUGCUCCUUAAGGAUCACAUCAACAUGCCGGGUUUUGCUGGUCAGAACCCCCUCUGUGGACACAACGAUGUCAGGUUCGGGGUGCGUUUCCCCUGCAUGUCUGAUGCGUAUGACCGGGAGCUGCGGGUUCUGGCCAAGCGCACGGCGGAGGAGCAGGGCUGCAGCCACUUCCUGCAGGAGGGGGUUUACUGCAUGCUGGCCGGGCCCACGUACGAGACCAUCGCAGAGUGCAGAGUCCUGCAGACGCUCGGGGCCGACGCCGUCGGGAUGAGCACGGUCCCGGAGGUGGUGGUGGCUCGGCACUGCGGCCUGCGGGUCUUAGGUCUGUCUCUCAUCACCAACAAGGUGGUGACGGACUACGAGAGCGAGGACAAGGCCAACCACGAGGAGGUGCUGAGGACCACGGAGGACCGGGCCGAGGACCUGCAGAGGCUCGUUGGUGCCCUCGUGAACAAGCUCUAACAAUCUGGGAUCUGUUUGCACUGAAAACAGGAGAAAAGAGGACUGGGAUCCCAGAGAAAGAGAAGUCACGGUGGAGGAGUGUGAUAAGGCACAAAUGAUAAGAAGAGAACAUAUAAAGAAAGAAAAUGUUGAGAACUCCUCAGCAUUGCAACACUUAAUGAAUAAAUGCGAGUUUUGUUUAUCUAGGAGCUACAGUAUUUGUGGGCCUUCGCCUGAGUGCAAUAUUUCCCACCGCUUAGUUUGAUUCUUUUUCUUUUUUUUUCAAUUUAAAGCUCCUCAACUCUAGCCACGAAUCUAACUUGCAGGUUAGUUAGUCUGUGUUUUGUUUCUGGCAUUCGUUAACUGUUUCAGCCCUUGGACAAGAUAAUGAUUACAUUGCACUGCAAAAACUCAAAAUCUUAACAAGAAUAGUUGUCUUAUUUCUAGUUAAAAUGUCUAAUUUUAGUAAAAAAAAAUCUCAUUACACUUAAAACAAGACUCGUCACUGGAAAAAACAACAAUUU